AUUGAAGAUUCAUUCACAAACUAUCAUACUGAAAGCACUAUUAAUUAAUAUUUUAUGGCAAAGGUAAAGCAGCGAUCGAUAUCAAUCGAGAAAUAUGCUGAAGAGCGACAAUGAUGAUGGUGCCGCACCAGUAGAGCAAGAGCACGAUGAUUAUCAAGACGCAGUCGUCACCAGCACUAUGCAUACAAAGCCUUCAAGUCCUCCUGUUGCUACUGUCGCGUUUCCGCCUCGCUUGGUCGACGUCAACGAGAAUGCCUCUAUCGCGGGCCGCUCGGGAAUCUCUUCGCUGACGUCACUUGCGGAAAUGUACCAUAAUCACCAUUUGUACCCGAACGUUCCAGUAGAGUUGCUAGCAGAGGAUGCUGCGGACAGUGUAAUGAGUUUUCCAACUGGUACCGGUACAAGUGCUGGCACAGCCACUACCUCUGGCCUUACUCCAAUUGCAAGUCAUGCACCUCUGCCUCUUCCAACCACCAACAGCUUGGUUAUCAAUAGCAUAAGGGCAAUUACAAAAGACUCAGGAGAGCCAGCAGAGUUGGAGGCACUCCAAGAUAGAAUUGCCAAAAAGAUCAUUGCUGAUGAACCUACAGUGUAUAGCUCAGCCAGUGGAACGGGUACCACCAGUACCAAACUCAAAGACACACCAAGUAGUCCUGAUGGACCACUUAUGCAUAGUCCUGAUGGUACAGGAGCCCGUAUACAUACUUGUACCUCACAGAGACCAUACAAGCUUGGAGGUACCAGUACCGGUAGCUAUGAAGUGCCUGCUGACUUGUUGGAGGACUUGCAUGUUCUUGAUGUGGGUACAGAAUGUGCAGACACAUGUGCAUCUUCCAGUGCCACAGAAAGGGACAAGAUCAAGAAUCCAGAGGUUGAUGAUGCCAGCCCACUAGACACCACCACCAGCAGCAACAGAGACGACGGUUUAUCAGGUAAUAUUCUCACCAAUUCGGAUUCGGAUGCUCCAACCCAAGUUCAGAUUCCAGGAGCCUACGCCGAAGCAGGAUCCUCCAACGCUCCACAAGCCAUGUCAUCGUCGUCCCAAUCAGAAUCUCGACGGCUCCAGGCCACUGCUCCACAAACAACAUUGGCGUCUCAAGACCCAUCUCCAGAUGACUCUGGGCUGGUACGAGCAUCGCUGGUGCAGGAAGACGAACGUUCACAUUUGCCCGUCGCACAAAUCAUGGAAGCUUCAGCCUCUGCCUCUGGUGGCUCCACUGUCCAACAGCAAUCACAGGAUGGUUACAAGCCAUGCCCACGCGGCAUGAGCAAGGAAGCAAAAGUAUUCCUCAUCGUCAUUGGCUUUCUUUUGGUAAUAUUGGUGGUCGUGGUGGCGGUCGCCGUAGCUGUUCGAGAUCGGAAACAAAGCAGCCACGUGGACCCUGCGGCAGAUCGAGAAACUGCAAUCAAGAAUCGCAUUGCCGCUGCAUUGUACGGACGCAGCUACAAUCUAACCCAACAGUCCCAGCUUCUCUCGUCCAGAAGUGAUCAAGAUAGGGCGCUCCAAUGGAUAGUCCAUCACGAUCCCAUGCACUUGUCCCCAGAUGCGAAUCACUUGCUCCAGCGGUACUUCUUGGCAUACUUCUACCAUGCCACCACGCAACAAUGGCCCUGGACUUCCUGUAAUGAUCCGCAAGGGGACGAACCGCAAAGCAACCACGAAAACCAGUUGUGCUUUUAUUUGCAAUACGUGGGUGAUGGGACAUAUAUCCCUGACUACACACACAGGCCACAGGACUUUGAAGAGACCAUCGCCAACAGCUGGCUAUCGCCAUCCCACGAAUGUCAAUGGGCAGGAGUUUUUUGCAACGACGCCAACAACCGCAGCAAGACUGACUCCCUUAGCCACGAGAAAGAAGUCACCGAUAUCAGACUCGACAACAUGAACUUGACGGGGACCUUGCCAGAGGCGAGGGAGUGGGGUUUGGUGCCAGAGUUGCGGGCUCUCUCACUCACCUACAAUGGUUUGACUGGCACGCUGCCAGAGAGCUUCUAUUCCUUGACCCACUUGAACCUUCAAAAUAACCAAUUGACGGGAGCAUUGCCCGUCACAUGGUGGGCGCCGCCGCGCACGAGUCCACGACAGCAAAAAGACCACGACGGCGAAGAAGAAGAAGAAUCUAUUUUGGAGUAUGUCAACGUGGAAUUCAAUCGUCUGAAAUGGGGACAAAUCCCAACCGAGAUCGGGCUCCUUAGCCAGUCGCUCCGAUAUCUCCUGGUAUCGGGCACGGGCAUAACUGGCACGCUACCGGAGGAGAUCUAUCAGCUGACCAACUUGGUAUUUCUUUUUCUUCGUUUGAACGACGGGAUAACCGGCACCAUUUCGUCAUCACUGGGUAUGCUGUCCAAUUUGGAAGUAUUCACUCUCAUGGGGGGCACAAACAUGGGCGGCACCCUCCCAUCCGAAAUUGGCCUUUUGACUACGGUAGUGGAGUUCGAUACAUGGGGGGCAGGGUUGCAGGGGACGAUACCGGAAGAGCUUUACUCCCCAAACAUGAACAUCAAUGCUUUGAUCCUAGGCCAAAACAACUAUUCGGGAACUAUAAGUAGCCACAUGGCAAAGCUACCUCGGCUGAGUUAUAUUCUCUUGUCAGGCAAUACCCUAAUGUCUGGCACAGUUCCGUCGGAACUGGGAUUGAUGACUGAGCUGGUUAGGGUUGAUAUCGAUGGGACGUCUAUUUCUGGUGUUAUACCGAAUGAAGUUUGCGCACUCAGAGGUGACAGGAAGCUCUCCAAAUUCAAGGCCGACUGCCUGGCAAACAGCAACGACAGCAACAGCACGGAGGAGCCAUUCAUCCCGACAGUGUGUCCCGACGGAUGCUGCACGAAAUGCUGCCAACGAGAUACUGGGGAAUGUGUCAAAACGGGUUACUGAGGGACAUCUCAUUCAGCACUCGAGUCAGCUCAGCAAUCAAUCCGCUGGUGCAGCUUCUAUCGGGAGUGCUACAAUCCACAGGGAGGACAAUCAAGCCACCACGCAUCGGUUACGAAUGUCACUCAGGAGGCAAACGUUCGUUGUGCACGCGUUGGCUCCUUGACUUCCAGCAUUCUGACAGGUUCUUCGACCUCGAUCGCGGUUGACGAGUCGGGUCGGCAAAUUAAAGAGCAGAGAGUUUUUCGUUGGUGGUGACACCUGAGCGUUCUUGUACGGUGUAGGGACCGGACUUGUACAUCCACCGUCAUUGUUUGCGGGUGCUGGCCUGCUACAAAUUCCAAGUGAGGGUUGAACAGUCUGGGAAGUGGUACUAGAUUUUAGCCAUUUUCCAUAAAGAACCAUGGCAGACAACAAGCCCACAACUAAUCCAAUUCUGACGACCUCACCACUGUUUCAAAACGGUUCCCUGAUACUGCCCAAGGAUUUCAGGCCAUGCGAGCAUACCGUGACAAUUGGUCGUGGCCGUCAGGUGCACAACCAUCUUGGCAACCAAAGGUACCGGUAUCAAGCAACCCUUGUAACGUUGCUCUGCGGGCAGUGCUGGGAGCAAUGAAAUUGCUGGAUUUGACGAGACAACUGGAACCUGAACCACCUCAAGCUGGAAGACUAGCUAUCGGCACUAAAGUAGUGAAGCUAUGAAGCCAACUGCAAUGCUGCCAGGAUCUCCUCCACUGAUGGUUGUGCACCAAGGACAAGGUCCAUUCCUCUGUCCCCCCAACAAAGACUAGUAGAGUUCCUGAACAAGCGGAACAACCUGAACGAGGUACCAAUGGGUCUGAUUGGUUUGACCGGUUGUGCACUCUGAUUGGUCCUACUAUCGAAGAUUUGCCAGUUAAAGAGCACGAUAGCUGUUUUGCCGCUUGAUUUCAGAAACAACAUAUGUACAGCUAAGUUCAAUGACAAGGUCAAAGCAGUGGGAAUAGUGGAGCUGGCUAGCUAGCUAGGCAUGGACAAGAUGAAUUCUCCGCACAUGUUAGUUGUGCGUCCUGAACCCUAGCUAGCUGGCCCAAAUGUCCCUCCGGCACUUGGCCUUCCAAUGCGUUUCCUGUUUCGGGGUAUUCUUGAGCUUUGAUUGAGCAGGAGCACAGUACUAGUAAUCUUGAUACCGUAAUAACAAAACUGACUGUGGU